AUGCUCGAAGAGACCACUCCAUUACUUGGUAGGCAGCAGAAAGCCACCAGGUGGCUAUCAAUCUACUGGUUGUCUGCUGUUGUUUUCUGCCUGUCUGCCGCGGGGGCUUUUCUCAAUGUGCCCCUAACGCGACUCAUCGAAGACAACCUCUGUAGUCGAUAUAUUCAACAGGGCGCCCCAACUGAAGAGCUCUGCAAGACUGAUAAGAUUCAGUCCAAGUUGGCUUAUCUCAAUGGCUGCCUCCCUCUUGUGGAGGCCGUCGUUGGUCUUGUUGUGGCUUUUCCAUUUGGAGUCCUGGCUGAUAGGGUCGGUCGGAAACCCAUUAUUAUUCUGUCAAUGAUUGGGACCUCACUAUCCUUGGCCUGGGAAUUAGCUGUAAUUGGUUUGCCUAGGAUCUUCCGAGUUCAGUUCAUCCUGGCUGGUCCGUUGUUUGCUGUCGUCGGCGGUGGAAAUACCGUGCUUCUCGCUAAUCUGUACUCGAUCGCAUCGGAUUUGGUGGUUCAAUCAGACCGAGCUUCCACAUUUUUCCUCAUGGCAUUCGCCAGUCUAGUCGGCGCCUCUAUUGGGCCAGCUAUUUCCUCCGUCUUUAUGGAAACAUUUUCACCUUGGGUUUCAGCCUUCAUCGCCUUCUUCGCCAACCUGGUUGCUCUAAUCCCGCUCUUCUUCGUACCCGAGACGUUGUCGCCAUCAAAGCAAGACUCCGACUCUGAUCAAGAGUCAGAAGAUGGGCCUCAUAAUUUCCGAUCACACCUUUCUCAGCUCCUUCAACUCGGCUCUUCCAUCGCAUCGCUCAAGUCCUCUUCCCUGGUUAUUGUGUUGGCCACCUUUCUCACAGCGGCACCUGAGGUCCUGGGUACAUCCCAAUUUUUGGCACAGUACAUUAGCAAGCGUUUUGACUGGCCUCUCGCCAAAACGGGCUAUCUUUUGACCCUCCGCGGGGUCAUCCACAUGGUAGUCCUGCUCUUCACACUUCCUCUACUCUCCAGGGUACUCUUGCGAUAUCAGCGCCCUCCUGUCAAGGACUUGACUCUUGCCCGUGCCUCCGUUGCUAUUGCCGCCGUCGGAGCACUCUGCAUGGCUGCGCCACAGAUAGGAUUGGUGAUUGCUGGGCUAGCGAUUCAUAGCCUCGGGUCGGGCCUGGCCCCGCUGUGUCGCUCGCUAGCAACUAGCUAUGUGACACCACAGGACACGUCCAAAUUGAAUACGGUCAUCGGCAUAGUCCAAACAACAGGGUCGCUCUUUGCUGGGCCGGCAUUCGCGUGGUUAUUUGAGACUGGAAUGAAACUGGGAGACAUGUCGCUUGGGCUGCCGUAUUAUGGUUUGGCAGGGUCGUUCGUUUUGUGCCUGGUGGGCCUGGUCUUUGUUCACCCCCCUGCUCAGGGAGAGGAGAGCGAUGAGCCCUAG